AAGAAAUAUACUGGGUGACUGAAACUAGUCUGCUAGCAUCCUGCAUCUGGCACUGCUGCAUGAUACAACAAGGAUCGCCUUGUUAGCACACACAAUUCUCCUUUGAUUUAAGAAUUAGUAUUUUCCUCUGGCCUUCAUUGGUGCAUAAGGCAGCGCGCAUCGUUGGCUGCCAUUGCUGUGAGUAACUGUACGGGUAUUUACUACGCGAGACGUUCCUCAUCUCCCAUCAUCAAGCGCGCGCAGUUUCUUGGAGGUUGUAUUCAGUUCAAAAACUACACUUUUGACAAACCACUCCCUAUGACGACUCGUCGGACGAGGCAACGAGGCGUCGCUGUAGCGGGGUUUCCCCCGUUACUACUCGCGAUCCUGAUCGCAAUCGCCCUGAUCAUCGAUUGCCGCGUCGCUUCUGCGCGAUUUGGCCGGCAAAACGGCCCGAAGGCGACCGCAAGACACCCCGCUCGCCGCACAGGCGGCGCCGCUCGACUCCGAUUUCCUUCCCGCCGUCUUGUCAGCGCCACUGGCGGUUACUACUAUACUGAUUACAGCGCCAGCGGUACCGGCGGUGAUAGCGAUAGCAGCGGCGGCAUCGAUUACGGAAGUGAUAGCAAUGCUGACGGUGGCGGUUAUAAUGGUGAUCUAGGGAGUGCCACCGACACGAGCGGCGACUAUGGUGGUGAUGUGGGUGGGGAUAAUAACACUGAUUCUGGCGGUGAUUAUAGUGGGGAUUACGGUGGUGAUGGGGGAGAAAAUAAUAACACUGAUUAUGGUGGAGAUUAUAACGGAGAUUACGGUGGUGAUGGGGGAGGAAAUAAUAGUACUGAUUCGAACGGUGACUAUAACGAUGCUAACGGCUGUGAUGGAAACAACAGCACUGAUCCUGGAUGUGACGAUAACGGAGAUUACGGUGGUGAUGGGGGAGGAAGGAAUAACACUGAUUCUGGCGGUGAUUAUAACGGGGAUUACGGUGGUGAUGGGGGAGGAAGUAAUAACGCUGAUUCUGGCGGUGGUUAUAACGGAGAUUACGGUGGUGAUGGGGGAGGAAAUAAUAAUACUGAUUCGAACGGUGACUAUAACGAUGCUAAUGGUUGUGAUGGAAACAACAGCACUGAUCCUGGAGGUGACUAUAACGGAGAUUACGGUGGUGAUACAGGCAGAAAUAACACUGAUCCUGGUGGUGACUAUAACGGAGACUACGGCGGUGAUACAGGCAGAAAUAACACUGAUCCUGGUGGUGACUAUAAUGGAGACUACGGUGGUGAUACAGGCAGAAAUAACACUGAUCCUGGUGGUGACUAUAAUGGAGACUACGGUGGUGAUACAGGCAGAAAUAACACUGAUCCUGGUGGUGACUAUAACGGAGACUACGGUGGUGAUACAGGCAGAAAUAACACUGAUCCUGGUGGUGACUAUAACGGAGACUACGGUGGUGACGGAAGCAGUAACAAUAGCACUGAUUCCGGCGGCGAUUACUACGUUGAUGGCAGCGUGGAUGGCGGUGGUGAUGGUGGCGGUGGUAGCGGCAGUGAUGGUGGUUAUCCUGGCGGUGCUGAUGACCAGCCUGCUGGUCCUCCCAUGGCAGGCGAUAAGGCGCUGGGCCUGGCGCCUCCCCAGAAGACGAAUGUGCUUCUAUCGAUGCCAGACUUCAACCCUGUCUCCCGCUACGCCACAUCUCAGAUAUCCUUCGACGCAACGACAGGCGCCCCCCAGUGGACUCUGGUGAACAACGUGUCACACAUAGCAGUGCUGUCGCCUGUGGAGGACCAGGGGAUAUGUGGCGCCUGUUGGGCGUUCGCAGCAGCAGCAGCGGUGGAAGCAGCAGUGGCCAUUUUCACCAAAACCACGCCAGCGCGCCUCUCCCUCAGCUCGCAGCAACUUCUGGACUGCUCCCCCGGCACGUGCAUCGGCGGCUACCCUGAGGACGCCCUGCAGUACAGCACGCAGAGCUGCCUCCGCCUCGCUUCGCAGUACCCCUAUGCCAUGGACAAGGGGACUUGCAGAGGCGCCCUUCAGCGGGCGACUUCACCGGUGUCGCAUUUCGAGCAGGUGGCGCUGGAGGGCUCUCUGGGGCUCAUGCUGGCGGUGAGGCAGCAGCCGGUCAUCGUCUCCAUCCGUGCGUCUGCACCUGACUUCGUCACCUACAAGUUCGGCAUCUACAGCAACGCCUCCUGCUUCUCCCCGGCCAACCCCAUCCUGGACCACGUGGUGCUGGUGGUGGGCUUCCACUUCAACGCAACGUCCCCCACAUCACCCGACAACUACUUCGUCAUCCGCAACAGCUGGGGCGCCAAGUGGGGCGAGCAAGGCCACAUGCGCAUUGCCAUGACGUCGGCGUACGGUGGAAUGUGCGGGAUGACGUACCAGCUCGGGCUGUACCCCACCCUCAAACCGAGCCUGAUUCAAGACCCGUGCAAGCUGGCGGUGUGUGGCAGUGGCACGUGCACCAGCACGGGGAAGGGCCAGUACCAGUGUGACUGUCCAAGCAGCAAGGGGCUGCUCAAGGGCGAGAAUAAGGACGGCACCGAGACUUGCAUUCUCAAGGGCAAGUGCUCGCUCUUUACGUCGAACCCGUGCGGCGUGGGAGCAUGUGUGGACGGCAGCUCCGGUGAUUUCUCCUGCGUGUGCCCGUCUGACUACACUGCCAGCCAGCUCAGCUCUGGCCAACCCACCUGCGCGCCGAGUGCAUCAGGCAGUGGGGCGGGCAGCAUGCAGGAGUACGAGACAAAGGAGGGCGACACAUGCUACGGCAUAUUCGUGUUCUACGGCCUCACAGAGGAGCAGUUCAAGAGCCAGAACCCGGGUGUGGAGUGCAACCCUCUCACGCCGGGCACCCGCCUGCAGCUCACCCUCCCACCCACCAGGCGUACAUGCAGCACGCGGUAUCCCGUCUCUAAGGCUGACAGCAUGGCGGGCACGUGUGACGCCAUCAACAGCAGGUUCGGCAUCAGAAUCACAGACCUCAACCCAGGCUUGGACUGCACGAACCUGCAGCCAGGGCAGCAGGUGUGCAUUGAGUGGGGCCAGGCAACUGGCGGGGGUGACGGAGAGGGCAACAGCGCGUACGAGCAGUGCACGCGGUACGAGGCGGUGGGGGGCAACGACACGUGCGAGAGCAUCCUGCAGGGCAACCCGGCGCUGUCCUGGCGCUCGCUGUACCGUCUCAACCCGGGGCUGCUCUGCGACAACCUCAACCCGCUCCGCAAUCAGGAGGUCUGUGUGGGUGCGACUCCCCUUGGAGCCAUAGUGUGCGACACGCGGAGGAGCCGCAAGUACACAGUGGAGGAGGGGGACAGCUGCGCCACUCUCGUGGUGAAGCAGUUCAAAAGGAACCCCCGCCUUGUGCCUGAGCUCAACCGGGGAUGGAUGUGCCGCUCUCAGAACCUGUUUCGAGGCCGCCCUCUCUGCAUUCCAUUCUAGGCCUUUAAUUCCUCAUGUCUCAAGGUCCCUAGGUUCCUGGGUCCCCCCUAGGUCCCUCGGUCCCUAGGCCCCUUACAUACCGGUAUAUGCGUACCACAGUGAAGGCCCUGCCCUGUGUUUUUUUUCUGUAGGACUUUCUUGUGUGCCUUGGAAAUAAAUGGCGGCAUUGUUUGUUUGGCCCAUUCAAUACAACUGUCUUUUAUCC